GGCACCCUCAUCCAUCCAUCGACCGGUGCAAGGCGAAGCAAGCAGAGCAGUCGGAGAGAACGAACACUUGAGAGGCAGAACACCGGUGGCAAUGGCUGGGGUGCCCAUGGAAGUGGAGCAGGACCUCCCGGGCUUCCGGUUCCACCCCACCGAGGAGGAGCUCCUCGACUUCUACCUGGACCGCAUGGUCCACGGCAAGAAGCUCCACUUCGACAUCAUCGGCACGCUCAACAUCUACCGCCACGACCCCUGGGACCUUCCUGCGAUGGCGAAGAUCGGGGAGAGGGAGUGGUACUUCUUCGUGCCGCGGGACCGGAAGGCCGGCAGCGGCGGGCGACCGAACCGGACGACGGAGCGCGGGUUCUGGAAGGCCACGGGGUCGGACAGGGCCAUCCGGAGCAGCGCCGACGCGAAGCGGGUGAUCGGGCUCAAGAAGACGCUCGUCUUCUACCAGGGGCGCGCCCCGCGGGGCACCAAGACGGAUUGGGUCAUGAACGAGUACCGCCUCCCCGACGCCGGCGCCGGCGCCGGCUGCGGAGCACGAGCACCGCCGCCUCCCAAGGAGGACAUGGUGCUAUGCAAGAUCUACAGGAAAGCCACCCCACUGAAGGAGCUGGAACAGAGAGCGUCUGCCAUGGAGGAGAUGCAGAGGCGCAGCAACGCGCAGUACUACAUGAACACGGCCAGGGCACCCCAGGUCCAGGCCGCGGCCUCCGCCGGCGACGACUACCUGUCGUCUGACGACGCCCACGACAGCUUCCUGUUCCCCUCCUCGUCCUCGUCGGCGCCAUCGGGCGACAGCUACAGCCCACCCAUGGAAGCCAAGCAGGAAGUGGACCUGGCCGUCGUGCAGCCCCCGGCGGUGAGGCACGCCGACCUGCCCAGCCUCCAGGUGCCAGCGAACCAUGGAGUGCUGGACUGGAUGCAGGACCUGUCCCAGCUACGCAGCCCAUGGCAGGACCAGUUUUUCUUGUCUCCCUUGGCGCAUCUGCUCUCUUGAAGGGACAAUACUGGAAGCAGGUGAAGGAAGUGUCCCAACCUAGUACCUACUCACGUCGUCAAAACGGGUUUCCAGUUCAGCUUGCAAAGGGCGAGCUGCAAGCGUGAUGCUAGCUUAGAUGUGAAUUCGAUUGUACAUACUGAAACUGAAUAGUAGUUUUAGAUGCGAUCAAUCAUUUUCGGUGCCUUUUGGUAUGUAAUGUGUUUGACAUGGCUGGAGUCGCAAUAAAUUUAACUUAGAGAAGUGUUCUCUGCA